AUGUCCCAAGAUGGUGCCAACGAAAUCAAGCAGCUUCCUAAGAACCCUGUCGAUCGUCCUCUAGCUCUCUCUAUAGGAGUAUCUCCUCUCCCGCCACAUAUUGUCGUUGUCUAUGAUGACUGGAAGGCAAUAUGUGGUAGGGGGGCCGUCGCUUUUAUGGGACAUGAGCGAUUCAUGAUCUGGAUCUAUUCCAAGCACUUCUGGAAGCCCAAGAUCGAGUACCGCAUUGUCCAAAGCUUCAACGAGAAAGUGCACUACGACACCGAGUUCCCGCUCAAGUACGAGCUCUUUGCCACCAUCCAUCACAAGCUCGGCGGUGCGGACGAGGCUCCUAUCCGCAUCGAUCGCUGGGCUGGAGGGAGAUGA